AUGUUAAAUAUUGCAGUGUUAUGGUCAUCCAAGAAGGCAAUACUGUUGCUAAUGUCUGAUAUAAGUGAUAAUGAGGAAUUCUUCCGUGAUUUAGAGGAAGAUUUUGGGGAACUGGAUGAAGUUGAAGAAGAGCAAGAUGAAGUGAUAGAACCUACGGUUUUUUCAAAUGAAGAGGUAGAUGAUGAGGUUAAAUUUGUUAGUCAGUUGAUCGAUGGGUAUUCCAUAUUGAAAGUCGAUGUUUUAGAAAAUCAGUUACCUUCAUCUGUAUCAAAAGUUAGUAAAAAUGAGAGGAUAAUACGGAAUCUUUUAGACAAGAAAAAAUAUGAAUUUGUAGAAUUGUUGCCAUUACUGACCAGAUUGCUAGGUAUCAUUCAAGAAGAGAUUAGUUGUUUCUACGAGUAUAGUAAACAUAUUUACAAGUUUAAAUUCUUUGAGUUAGAGACAUUAGCGCCUACAGCUGUUCAAUUUGCGAAGACAAUACAAUUGAUUGAAACCAUGGAUGAUUUUUCUCAGCAUGAUCUAUUAUCGUCAAAACUUGAAACAGAAAUUCUGUUGACAAAAGAGCAAGUCUUAGUUUUGAUUAUAGCUAUGAAAACCUCUUUAAACAAAGAAUAUUCUUUUGAAGGAUCCAUGAAGACAUCCCUAAAGCAAUUUACAGACAUCAUUAUCCAGCAUGAUCUAUUGAAAAAGGAAAUAACUACUUUCAUUGAAUCAAAUAUUAUCACUAUUGCUCCAAACUUAUGUGCAUUGGUAGGAUCUGAGAUUACAUCCUUAUUGAUCGGGCAUGCUGGUGGUAUCCUUGAAUUAAGUCAAAUUCCAAGUUGCAACCUGGCUUCUGUUGGUAAAAACAAAUACUUCUCCCAUGAAAGACAAACAAAUCUGAGUGGAGUACGUCAGGAAGGAUAUAUUUAUAAUUCAGAGCUAAUCCAAUCCCAGCCUGUGGAUUAUCACAAACAAUUGUUAAGAAUGCUAUGUGCUAAAAUUUCAUUAGCGGCAAGAGUGGAUACCAGCGUUAAGAUAUCGACAUCUUCAACCGAACCAGCAGCUUUCUUAGGCCAGAAAUGGCGAGAAGAGAUAGUAACAAAGAUAAGAAAACUCCACGAAGCGGCAAAUAUUUCUGAUACUAAACCAUUACCUAUACCACAAGAUGCUAAGAAGAAAAAACGUGCAGGUCGAAAAUUUAGAAAGUAUAAACAACAAUUUGAGUUAUCACACAUGAGACAACUUCAAAAUAGAAUGGAAUUUGGUAAGCAAGAAACAACCAGUCUAGACUCGUUCGGUGAAGAAGUAGGUUAUGGUAUGGUAAAUAGCACAUUACGUCAAACUACUGGCGGGAAUAUCCGUAUUACCAAAGGUGCGAAUAACACUGCAAAGAUGACCAAAAAAAUGAAAAAACGUAUCGAAGAAGCCAAUGAAGCGUCCAAUGAGUACUUACUGUCACUUCCACCAUCAUUGCCAUCAGAUCCAAAGAAUCCUACCUGA